AUGGAUCAACUGUCAAUCAUCCAUGCGUUUCAGAGCGAGUCUACAUUUUUAGUUGAUGUUCCUGCAUCAAUUCUGCAUCGUCCAACAACUACUGGUGUACGCCUUAAUCGUUCCCGUGUCAGCGGUAAUGAUGGAACUCAUGAAGCCUUUAUGAAUGCGCUUUCUCUCUCUGUUGACCCAACCUCAAACUUGGGCGAUAAUGACAGUGAUAAAAAGGAAUUAAGUGUAAUGCGUGUAGUACCUAUUAAUGGAUCAAGAGCUUUUCACAAACGGUUUCUUGCGCGAUGUGAAUCAUACUGCCGUUUAUGUUGUCGGUUACAACGGGGUGUUGAAUGGUUAUUUUCAAGACGUUCCCGUCAUCAUAGAAGCAUUAAGAGUAAUGCGGCUGUUGAUGAUUCCACCGUAUUUGACGUGGAUCGUCUCUCUCAUUUAGUUUUCCCAGUAGAACCUACAGCAUUUGUAGCGGCUGCCUUUGCCCUUCCCUCAAUUAUCUCUGUGGUACCAGCCGCAUCGGAUGAAGAAUCAACGACAGUAACAAAAGGUGUGGGAGGAGAAGGAAGAAAAGGCGGAGAUGAUGUGGGAUCAUUAAAGGAUACACGAGUAAUACCGUAUUGUUUCUUUUACGGUUUUCCAGAGCAGCGUGUCUUGCGUGGUCAAAGUGUUAGUGAUCAUAUUAGUAAUGAUAGUACUACUAACACUAAUUUAAGAAAUGCUUUGGCUGCUGAAGCGUCAAGAAUGACGUUAAUGGAUCGCUUUUUAGCUGUUUCUAACGCAACAGGUGUUUGUGGAGCGGCUUCAACAAUGCAUAAUGCAUUAGGUAUGAAUAACCGCACAAGGAUUGGGCUUACUCUUGCGGCUUACCUAGAAUGUCGUCUCCCCCGCUCUGUAAGUGGUCCACAUAAGGGAUCACCAGCACCAGGUGGUAGUGGUAGUGGUAUUGGUGGUGUUAAUAGUAGUAGUGAAUGGAGUAGAGAAGAUCCCUUUUCAUGCUGGAGUGAUGAUGUCUUAUGGCGUUUACUUGGAUUGCUAGUGUCAGCAUUGGCUGUAGUUCAUGCGGCUGGUUUUCACUUUAGAGGGGAAUUAUCUACAGAUGAUGUACUUUGCUUUGCUCUCCCUGAUAGCAGUGAAGAAGAAUCACACAUCUCAACACCAACAUCAUCCACAACAACAACAAGAACAACAACAACAACAGCAGCAGCAGCAACAGCAACAGCAGUGGGGGCGAACACGAUGAAAAGGAAUAGUGGAAUAGAAUCCAUCGCCCAUCAUCUCGUCUCACGGACCACGGCGAGUGAAUCCCACUGGCUUAUUACGGAUACAACCCCCGCCCAUCACGCAUUCUUUGUAUUCACCACACCCCCACGAUCUCUCUUUGCAGAGGAAAUGCGGGGAGGCGAAGAAGAAGAGGAAGAACGGGAAGAAAACGCAGCGGAGAUUGGCGCAGCACAAAGACGAGAUACAGCCGCACUGGGCCGUAUUCUCGUGGCAGUUGUCGCUGAGGCGAAACGGCGGCGUGGGGCGAGAGGUACAACAAGUUGUUCAGAACUUCUCUUUGUUGCUGAGCGAAUGGCCGCUGUGGGAGAAAGUGUGAAUACGACCUCAACAACCACAACAUCAUCAUCAUCCGCAAAUGGUGGUGUAUUGGGAGAGGCACCGGCCCAUCGAUUUGCACAGUUGCAGGCUGUACAACUGCGUACACAUCUUUGGCUACUUCGCUCUAUUCUGGAGGAACGCGAUACACAAAUUGCCACUUUUAUGUUUUACCUUAAUAAAAGCAACAACGACAACAACAAUAAUACUAAUACUACUAAUAAUAACAACAACAACAACAAUGCCAGUAACACCAGUAAUAUCAAUAACCAUGACCACAACAGUAGCAAAAGGAAGGAUACUAGUAAUAUCAUUAGCAACAAUAUCUGGAGUGAUGGUAAAAGAAAUGGGAAUGGGGGAAAAGUGACUGAUCAUAAGUAUCCGUCUUUAACGAAUGUUGAAGCGUAUAUGGCAGAACUAGAGGAGCGAGAAAAACGACUUGAGGAGCGGGAAGAAAAAUUAAAUCAAUUUCUUCUUCUUUAUGAAUUAACGUCUGAACGAUUAGAUCAACUCCCUGCAGGGAAAGAAAGCUUUGAACGUCUCAGACAAUCAUUAGUGCAGACUCCACGUUCAAAGACAUUAUCAGCAGCAUCAGCAUUACCUGUAGCCAAAUCACUGCCUAUACCGACAACAGCAUCGUCAUCCCCAACAACAUCACCACCUAAUGCUGCUGCUGCUGGUCCUCCAAGGGCAUCAACAUCGCCAUUAAGAUCAGUUGUCCCUCCAAUAGCAGGUGUAGCAGCAAUAACCACAGGAAGAGCAACCAACACUACAAACACAGCAGCUGUAGCUACGGCGAGAGGAUUACCAUCCACUAGUAUGCCGCCCACACCAGGAGUCUCAACAGCACGAGCAGGGCCAUCAUCAACACAUACCGCACAACAAACCGUACAAACAACAACAUCAUCAUCAUCACCACAAAAGGUCUCAACUGCACUUUCGUGGUCUUCGCUAGCACAACAACCUUAUCCACGAUCUUCUCGUCGUACAGUAACGACUGAGUCCACCACUCCAUCCGAUAAAACUCGUCCACUUUACGGUCUCCUUCGUUUUCAAAAAACUGAAAAUUCUUCUGGUGGUAAUGCCAAUACCAAUACCAAUGCCAAUAUCUCUCCUACUGCUGCGGACAUGUUGGCAUCGCAUACUUCACCCGUGGGUUUACUUGGUAAAGAGGGACGAGUAAUAGAUGGAGCCCCACAAAACUGUUCUCCUCGGGUAACUCCAGGGGGCCACACACAACGAGCGAGUACACGAACCAACACUCCAUCGAUGGCGCAUUCAAAUAGUACGGCAGUGGGCCACACAGCAUUAGCUCAAGGUACGAUGUCUACAAGAACACCAACCGCUAGUUCUUCUGUACGUCGACAAAAAAGUGUUUCACCUAUUGUUACUAGUCGUUCUUAUAACGGUCGAGCGGAAUCUCCUGCCGUUGUUGGACUUUCUACAGUUUCUUCAACAGGGAGGGAAAAGGUUAUUGGUAGACCAGCAUCAUCAAAAUUAACACAUUCUACUUCUCUUGCGGCUGUUCCUUCUUCUACAACAAAGCUUGAACUACCCUUACAACAUGUUACUCCUGUACGAGCAAAUCAACGAACUCCCCUUACGGGCCGACCAAGAUCUGUGCUCGCUACACCAGAUGUUUCUCCACUUGUACGUACAACAGAUGAUAAUUCAUCACUGCUUCUUCCUACUAGUUAUAAAACACCACCACGGACAACACCUAUUGCAACACCGCUACAAUCACGUGGAAGCCCAGGAGUGCAUAUGUUGAAUAAAGUACCAACACCACAUUCCACUACACCACUAAAUAGUUCCAAAGCACAUGCACGUCCUUCUAUGUCACCACGUCAGACAGGUAAUUUGGUUUCCGCUAAAAAUGUUUCUACAACAACUAGUCACCCUACACUUGCUGCAGGAAAACUCAAGUCAUCUCAUUAUGAUCCUUCAUUAUAUAUGCAUGGAUCAAAAGAAACAGGACAUGUGGCAGCAAUUGCAGCAUCAUUAUCAUCAUCAUCAGCACCAUCACCGUCAUCAACAGCACCAUCACCAUCACCAGCGAUAGCUGCAGUGGGAAUGAGAACUGCGGCGGCAGCAACAGCAGCAGCAGCAGUACCAACAGCAACAACACCAACAGCAGCGAAAACAAUGACAGGGAGAAAAAGUUCAGGAAAAACUCAGCCGAGUGGUUAUGGUGUUCCAACAAAGAGUGAAGAGAAAAAUACUACCGUCGUACAUAUGAUGAAACUAUCUGAAGAAAGAAGUAACACAUUGCUCAUGACGAUGAACAAUUCCCGCGAAACUUUACAACAUCAUCUUCAAGAGCGUAAGGGUGGUAGUACUGCUGUACCUACUACUAACACUACUACUACUACUACUACGACUGCUACUACCACCAAUAAUCAUACACCUAUUACUACCAAUAAGGUGAGAACCCCAGGCGCUCGCAUACCCAGCGCAACAAACUUUUCUCCUCAUGUUGAUGAUAGCAUACCUAUAACGGUCUCUCUCGAUAUAUCUGCUGGACUAGAGUGCAAUUUACACGUUGACUCACAGAAACCUUCAUCAGGCUCUCAACAACUAAAAAAAGAACGUGAAGAAGGUAUGACUCCCCGAACAGCACGCUCUCGCCUUGCUGGUGAUGGUUGGGUAAAUCAUCAUUUAGCGGCACUAGAGCAACUACGGUAUGAUUUUCAACAGUCUGAGGUAAUCAAAAGUGCACGUAACACACCUAAUGGUAAGUCAGCUUUAAGGGGUAGUAGAGACCGUGUUGUAGAUAGUAUAGAUUCAUCAAAGUUGUCACCAGAUCAUGAUAACGUUGGAAAUGCAGCUGCGUGGGGAGCAACAAACAAAGUUCAUUCUAGUGCUGCGGCACAUGCUAGCACUACGAGCGCUAGAUGUAUGUAUUAA